AUGGGAAAUGGGUAAUGUUGUAAGAGAGUGGAAAGAGUCGAAACAUUCUAAUAUGAGGAUGAAACUUCUCAUCCGGAGACAUCUAAGUUAGGAUCCUUAAAAUAAGGGGAUUAAUAGCCAUAAAUGUUAAGUUAGUCCGAUUCAGAUGAAGAAUAUCCAAAGAGAAAACAACAAUAAUUGAGUGUUUUGAAGGAACCACAAAAAACGUCGUAGCUAUCAACGAUAUAAUAAUAUUCAUUUUAAAGUUUAUCAUCAGAACAACAAUUUCAAAAUUUUGUUACAUUUCAAGCUUUGCCAUCAUAACAUGGAAUGCAAGGGAACGUGUUUUCAAAGUUUUAGGCAGAGAUGAACUAAAUUGCACAAUUAUAAUAGCCCUAAGCAUCAAAAAACUCAAAAAAAGUUUAAUUUGCAAAUUGA